AUGCGGAGGCCACCGGCGGGCGGCGUGUCGUGCCGGCGCCGCGCGAUCCAGGGGUUCGUGGUGGUGUUCCUGGUGUACGUGGUUGCGGUGAUUGUAUUCGAGUCGCCGCUGCUCGUGUCCACGUCCGUGGCCGGCGGCGCCGCGGGGGCGGCCACCGCGGCGUCGCGGCCGCUUCACCUCGAUGGCGAGGGGGAGGGCAAGCGCGCGGCGCCGGCGCGGCCGUCGAAGCGCCCGCACCGGGAGACGCUUUCGGCGGCGGGGAGGUUGAGGCGGUGGAGCCGGCUGUCUGGGAUCGUCUCCGGGCUCGACCUCCGGCACCUCAACGCCACCCGCUCCGGCUCGCUCCGCAAGGUCGCCGCGGAGGCCGCGGCAGCCGGGGCUCGCGUCUUCUCCGAGCUGCAAACCCUCGCGGGGGCCGUCGUGACCGAGCUGGAUGAGUCAGGGGAGGAGGAGAGGAGCAGGUGCCCGCACUCGGUCGUCCUCAGCGGCGACGAGUUCCGGGAGAGGGGGCGGGCCGUGGAGCUGCCGUGCGGGCUGACGCUUGGGUCGUACAUUACGGUGGCCGCCACGCCGCGCGCGGCGCAUCCCGACCGAGAUCCUAAAAUCACGCUGCUGCGGGAGGGAGACGAGCCGAUCAUGGUUUCUCAGUUCAUGAUGGAGCUGCAGGGGCUCAGGACAGUGGACGGCGAGGACCCGCCAAGAAUCCUCCACUUCAACCCUCGCCUCCGCGGCGACUGGAGCGGCAAGCCUGUGAUCGAGCAGAACACCUGCUACCGAAUGCAGUGGGGAACCUCUCUCCGCUGCGAAGGCUGGAGGUCCCGUGCCGAUGAGGAGACCGUGGAUGGGAUGGUGAAGUGUGAGAAAUGGAUUCGUGAUGACGAGGAGCGGUCGGAGCAGUCAAAGACGUCAUGGUGGCUGAACCGGCUCAUUGGCCGAACAAAGAAGAUCUCUGUUGAUUGGCCAUACCCGUUCGUGGAGGAUCGUCUGUUCGUUCUUACUCUUACUGCUGGAUUGGAGGGUUACCAUGUGAAUAUUGAUGGGCGACACGUCACGUCAUUUCCAUACCGCACUGGAUUUGUGCUUGAAGAUGCCACUGGCUUAUCUCUGAAUGGGGAUCUUGAUGUGCAUUCGGUGUUUGCAGGGACUUUGCCCACUGCACACCCUAGCUUUGCACCUCAGAAACACCUAGAAAUGUUGCCUAUUUGGCAGUCCCCUCCCCUUCCAGAUGAUCCAGUUGAAAUUUUCAUUGGCAUACUGUCAGCAGGCAACCAUUUUGCUGAGCGUAUGGCUGUGAGGAAGACAUGGAUGUCUGCUGCCCAGAAGUCCUCGAAUGUUGUGGCCCGAUUUUUUGUUGCCCUGAACGGUAGAAAAGAAGUGAACGUGGAAUUGAUGAAGGAGGCAGAGUUUUUUGGGGACAUUGUUAUUGUGCCAUUCAUGGACAGCUACGACUUAGUUGUUCUAAAAACUGUCGCAAUAUGUGAAUAUGGAGUGCGUGUUGUUUCCGCUAGAUAUAUAAUGAAGUGCGACGAUGAUAAUUUUGUUAGACUUGAAUCAGUAAUGUCGGAACUUAAGAAAAUACCGAGAGGUAAAAGUCUCUACGCGGGAAACAUGAACUAUCACCACAAACCGUUGCGCAAUGGGAAGUGGGCUGUCACUUAUGAGGAGUGGCCAGAAGAGGAUUACCCAACAUAUGCAAAUGGUCCUGGAUACGUUAUCUCUUCUGAUAUCGCCGAUUCCAUCGUGUCAGAAUUUGCAACUCAUAAAUUAAGGCUCUUCAAAAUGGAAGAUGUGAGCAUGGGCAUGUGGGUUGAACGGUUCAAUAACACCGGACAAGUUCAAUACGUCCACAGUGUCAAGUUCUGCCAAUUUGGGUGCAUAGAUGACUACUACACCGCACAUUACCAGUCACCGAGGCAAAUGCUAUGUUUGUGGGAUAAGCUACAGGCUGGGAAAGCGCAAUGUUGCAAUAUGAGAUAGCGAUGAUGAAACUGGAAGUAUUGAUCCCCUUCAAUGAUCGUGAGCCCAAGAUCGAAGGACUGUUUUGUGAUGGUAAAUUAAGCCCGCGGAUGAUUAACAAGUGGCCACAGAUUAUUGCAUUCAUUUAGAGAUGACCAUCAAAACAUUCAGCUAGAAACAACCGAGGGAAAGAAUAGCAAACCUUGUGGUGCCAGUGCUGUUCUUUUUCACUAUAAGAUAUAGACGAAGUUCAGUGGGCACCAAUAGAACUGCUCAAGGACUUCAUUGUACAUGUGAAGGGUAGGAAGCUAAGCUUAGUUAAAACUAUUGCUACCUUUGGUAUAUGCCUGAUUGUGGUUGAAAGCCAUGAACAACCCAUCAGUUACAAAGAAGCCACGUCCCGGCGUUUUACAGAAAUUUUGUUGCCAAAAUUUCCAUUUAGCAUGGUCAUAACUUAUGGCAUUGUUUCAACAAUAUUUAUUUAACAUGGUUAUAACUUAAUAUUUAUUUAACAAUGUAUUUGGCAUCGAUUCAGGCGGUAUUACCGAUGCAGCUUGAGUGUUCUAGCCGGGAGAGCUGCUAAAACAUAUUAAUUUGGAGAAACACCUGAGCUGCUAAACGGAUGUAAUAUAUGAUUAUUUAAUUAUACCUUUGCUCUGGCUCAAUAAUUUGUCC